AACCUGCUUACAUGAUCCCUGGUGAUGGGGAACCCGGUAACAUGAAUCCUGGAGUUGAGGAACCUGCUAACAGGAACCCUGGUGAGGGAGAACCUACUAACAUGAACCGUGGUGACGGGGAAGAUGGUAACAUGAACCCUGGAGUUGAGUAACCUGCUAACAUGAACCCUGGUGAGGGGAAACCUGCUAACAUGAAACCUGAAAACGCGGAAGCUGAUGACAUGAACCAUGGAGGUGAGAAAGCUAACGACAUGAACCCUGGAGACGAACCUGUUGCUCGCCAGCCCGUGGCUUUAAACCAUUCAAGAGCUUGGCGAUUAAUCGAAAAAAUCAAUCGCGAUAGCUCGAGCUUAACUGCGCACGGAUUGAUUUGGACAAUUUGUUUUAAUGAAGCACUAAGCUACGUCAUUAAACCGUGCCAUCAUGCAUCCAUUGGAAAGCAGUGUGCUCUACAGCUUUUAAGGCCAUUUUAG